AAUAAAGUGUGCACUGUGCAUUUGGAGUCUGUUGGAGUUCAGAAGACAGUGUGGUCCAUUAUGAGGGGAGGAGUGGUGCAACUCACCCUUUUUGGGGUUCUGGUGACUCUAGCUGCUGCACAACCAAAAAAGGACGACUGGGACAUUUACAGCUUUCACAUCAACUCCACUGUGACCAGCCGAUAUGCCACCACCGUCAUCACAAGCCGUGUCGUGAAUCGCAUGAAUGAAUCGAAAGAAAUUGAAUUCCACGUUCAGAUUCCCAAAAAUGCCUUCAUCAGCAAAUUCAGGAUGCUCAUUGAUGGUCAAAUGUACGAUGGAGUUGUGAAAACUAAGGAGCAGGCUCAGCGACAGUACACUCAGGCUGUGUCUCGCGGUCAGAGUGCUGGGAUUGUCAGCUCUGUUGGGAGAACCAUGGAGGAAUUUAAAACCUCUGUAACUGUGGCGGCUCACAAAAAGGUCACCUUUGAACUCACCUACGAGGAGCUGCUGAAGCGAACCCACGGCAAAUACGAGCUGCAGAUCCACGCUCGACCCAUGCAGCCCGUCAAAGACUUCAAAGCUGAUGUGCACAUUAACGAGAAAGCCAGCAUCAGUUUCAUUGAUGUGAAAGGAGGACUGAGCACCAAAGCCUUGGCUAAUGCUAUCACUAAAACACAUGCAGAUAAACAGGCGUGGGUGUAUUUUUAUCCUACGGCGGACCAACAGACAGCUUGUGACAGUUGUGGAGAGCAGGGUCUGAAUGGAGAUCUGAUUGUUGUUUAUGAUGUAAAUCGAGGCAAUGGACUGGGCGACAUCAAGACUUCGAACGGAUACUUUGUCCAUCACUUUGCUCCAUCAAACCUUCCCCGAAUACCAAAGAACGUUGUCUUUGUCAUUGAUCGAAGUGGCUCAAUGCAUGGCAGAAAAAUGCAACAGACCAGAACUGCUUUAAUUCAUAUAUUGAAUGACCUGGCUGAAGAUGACUUCUUCGGUCUUCUCAGUUUUGAUAGCGAUCUAUCUCAUUGGAGACGAGAACUCGUUCGGGCCACUAGUGCAAAUCUAGAGGAUGCCAAGAAAUUUGCGCAUGGUAUUACUGACAGAGGAGCUACAGACAUCAAUGCAGCAGUGUUGGAAGGGGCAAACAUGCUGAAUGCACAUCCUAGAGAAGGUUCAGCUUCCAUCCUUAUACUUCUCACAGAUGGAGACCCAACAUCAGGUGUGACAAAUCUGGAAAGAAUACAAUCAAAUGUGAAACAGGCGAUUGCAGGAAAGUUUCCUCUCUACUGUCUUGGUUUUGGAUUUGAUGUCAAUUUUGAGUUUUUGGAGAAGAUGUCUUUGGGGAACAGCGGUGUAGCAAGGCGGAUCUAUGAAGACUCUGAUGCUGAUUUGCAGCUCAAGGGCUUUUAUGAAGAAGUGGCCACUCCUCUGCUAACAGAUGUCACAAUGAUCUAUGUCGGUGGAACCAAUCUAACCCAGACUAAUUUCAGUCAGUAUUAUAACGGCUCUGAGAUCGUGGUGGCCGGUGAGAUCAUCGACAACAACAUUGAAAACUUUGUGCCAGAAGUCGUGGCCAUUUCAUUGAAACAAAAAAUGACAUUUUCUAAAACAAAUGAGUUUGAGGAUUCUUCUACUGGAAUUGCUGAUGGACUUCUUCAAAGGGUUUGGGCCUACCUCACUGUGAAACAACUUCUGGAGAAAGAGCUGCUGGUAUCUGGACCUCAGAAAGACGAAGUGAAGAGUGAAGCUUUGGAGUUGUCCCUGAAGUACAGCUUUGUGACUCCACUCACAUCCAUGGUGGUCACCAAGCCACAGGGGGACGACAUGGAUGUCCUUUCCAAACCCAAAGAGGGACAAGGAGGCCGGUUGGACAGUUUUGCCACACCAGCCAACAGACUCGUUGGGCUCGCUGGAAUGCCUGGAUUUCCUGGUUCACAUGGACACGUUGGGCUCGCUGGAAUUCCUGGAUUUCCUGGUUCACAUGGACCCGUCGGAGCUACGAGUUUUCCUUCUUCACAUGACGCGUCUUCUUCAAUUUCUUACGACUAUGCUGAUAAUUAUGAUGUGGUUCCUAAGGAGUUAGCAACACCUGCUCCUGCUCCUCACAGAUUUUUCCGGAAAGCUGAAAACCAGCUUCUUCCUCUUUGCUUUGAUGUCAAUAACGAUGUCAUUCUCAAACUACUUCACCAUCCAAGCAAGGCAUUGUAUGUAAAUGGUGAGCUGGACUCCCUAACAAACGGAGGCUUCGCUAAGAUCGUCAUUCACAUCAACCCUGACCUGCACCUUGAGGUUGAUCCGGAGGGAAUCAGUCUUCGACAGGGACAGGCCACGUCACGCCACACUGGACAGGAACUCAUCACAGCUGGACGUCUUACAGUGAUCAUGCGUGUCAAAGAAAUAGAUGUUGUGGUGGAGGAUGUGCGUUUGGUUAUCUUAGUUCAUGAGAAGGAUGGGAACAAAUUCCUUUGGCCUGUUUUGCGACAGACGCCAUCUGCCAACGACACUGAAGGAUUUUUAGCUUUAAAACCAGCAGAUUAUCAGGUGCUUCUGCAAUACUCUAAUGCGAGACUGAAGCACAAAGACAGAGUGACCAAUGCUUCCAGAUUCUCUGCAACUGACUACAGCAUUGCCAAUCCUGUGCCAGUGACCUGUUGGCUUGUGGAAGCUGACUUUGCCUUGGAGAGGACUUUGAAUGAUUACUCUGUUGCACAACUUUAACUGGAAGCUGUAAUGAAUAACCAAAUACACAUCUGAAACAAAAUUACACAGCUUGAUACCAGCAUUCACAUACCUAUUAGUCAGGAUCAGUGAAAAAAUUAUACCCUUUUAAAGUAUGUCUAAAGAAAAUUAAGUAUAAAUAAAAAUCAUUCAAGCCUUUAAAGGAGGUGAAAGGGGUAAAAACUAAACCCAUUAAUGUUCAAUAAUCUUACCAAACACUGCUUUAAUGCAUAUAUAUGCUUAAAAAAAAUGUUGUUAUUGAUUGUUGUUUGUUUAAUUCUGAUUGUAUAUUAAUGAAGGUAUGCAAAUAUUUAAUGUUUUUGAGAUUAUAUAGGGUUUUGGCUCAGACAUCUUUUCUUCCUCUCUGUCUUGCAAAACUACGCUUCAAAGCAAUUUAUCUAUGUUUGAUUUUAUGAAAUAGUAUUUUGCCCAUAUCUCGUCUUAUCGACAUUGUCAAAAAACUUGACAAUAUUUGAAAACGUCAUUAAUAAAUGUUAACUUUAUCUCUGUGUCAUACCUAUUUGCCUAAUAAAGCAUGUGUCCUGAGUAAAGUCAAA